GCGAAAGAGAAGAAGCCCAGAUGGUGUGUUCCGGGAAGGAAUUUCGUCUGCCCGUGUACUCGACAUCCAGAAUGGUGACUUUUACACCAAACUCUGAGGGGCCGAGACGUAUCCUGCUGGACAAAACCACUGUGAAGGACCCAAGGUUUGAGUGGACCAGAGAUAAGAUGUUAGUCCUGAAAGAAGUGACUCACGGUGAUCAGGGACUUUAUGCCAUCAAACUGUCAUCUGGAUUCACCUACGAGACUGUUCGUUUGACUGUUUCAGAGUGCAUUAAGUCCUACCACAGAAACUACGGGGAGAACUUUGAGCACAACAUCCCUGAAGAUGGCUCCCUACUAGAGUUUUCUCCCCGGGGUGCUCCACCUGAGGCAAUGCCGGUUGUGCUGUGGAACCGGACAGACCCUGAGACCAGCAACGUGGGGCGGGGGCACCUGCUGCGGUCCGGGAAGGUCUGGGUGGCUGAGAGAGUGACGCAAGCUGACCAAGGCAACUACACUGUGAGAGACAGCCUGGGGAAGGUCGUGUCCCGCAGCACCCUCACUGUCCGCGGGCGCUCCUUUAAUGUCACCCGCUUCACCAAGGAGUCUCUAAACCUGCCCCUCUUUCUUCCUAUCCCUCAUGCCCAUCUCAUUUUUACCCCCACCCGAUACCCUGAUGAAUCCUCCCUGGGCCCUUUUGACCCCAAACCCCCUCGUGGCCCCGUGCAGCUGAUCCGCGAGGGCCAGAUAACGGACCACGACAUGCGCUACAGGGGCCUCAUCUCUCUGGGCAGGAACGGCACCAUCAAUGAGGUCGUCAUAGCGAGGCUGACCUCAAGGCACGAUGGGCUGUAUGAAAUCAGAGAUGGGAAUGGCAACCUGGUGUCCUCCACUUUGUUGCAGGUGAUCGAAAGGGGAGGCAGAUGGCGAGCACUUCUCAAGUCCAUCACUGUCCCUUCUGGCAUGUUUGUGUCCCUUGCUGGUUUCAUCCUGUUCAUGAAGCGAUACCCAUACUGCAGCCUCACGCAGAUCAUCGCUUGCCUCAGAGGACACCGCGCGCCGCCAGCCAACCCUCCGAGGGUCAACAUCCAGGACUACAGCCAACCCAGCACUCAGCCCUCAGGCUUCUACAGUCACUCUCAGCAGCCUGGAACACCAAGAAAAUGGACCCCAAGAGCCAGUCCGACUCACUCUGGUUACAGUCCGUUAAUCGUAGGAACUCCAAGAGCUCAGAACCAGGAAGGACAGCAAUUGGCAGCUGAGAGCUCCCCAAUUCAUAAUUCAACUACUGAGCAGGACACAUCUAAUGAGGAAGAGAAAGGGAUUUCCUUUCCAGUGCCUGGGGCUUCAGACUGCCUCCACUCCUCUGAGGACUGUGUCCAAUUCCAGAUUAAGAAAGCUGGGAACAAAGAAAGGUGGAGCAGAACACAGGAGUACUUUUCCACACUGCCACUAGACAUGGACACCUCUGCAACCACCAGCGUUUACACUUCGGAAAAACUGAACUUCUAAUAAAACACAGAAUUGGAGCUGAAAUGAUGGAAGAAGAAACAGAGGGCACCGAUUAAAUUACAGUUUAAGAUUUUCAAAUGGAGUGAAGCUGUUACGGAAAAAGAAAAACCUCACCUGUGCCUUUUGCAUCUAAGCUUAGUUUUAAUGGUUCAGUAUCAAUAUUGCAUGUCACUUUUUUCAUGUAAUUUUAUCUGAAGCAUGAGUUUGAGCAUCAGCCUUCCUAUCUCAUAAUAUAUUUCUUGACACCGUUGAUGAUGCUCCUGAAAUCUCCUGCUGUUACCUACCUCCAGACCCUCAGGACCAAUAUGAGCUGGAUUUUUCUAAGUGAUGGUACAUGUAUGUUUGUGAGAGUGUUGUGAUCUCUAGGGCUACUAGAAAUUAGAGUUGUGAUACAAAAGUUUGCAAAAGGGAAUUCUUAAGUACUGUACAGUAAUAGAGAGUUAGUUGGUGUGUUUUUCUCUAUCCACAAUGUUAACCAUUCCUGGCUGCAACAACAUUUAAUUAUUAUGUUAAAUGUCUGUACUGCAGUUCAUUGAUUUUUGCAAUGAUAUAGUGUAUUUGCCCUUGAGGUAACUGUAGUAAUAAUUAUGUAAAAAGUAACAUGUUCCACCAAUAUCCUAUUAAUCUGUGUACAGAUAGAUAGAGAUAGAUAGAUACUUUAUUUAUCCCGAGGGAAAUUCAAGUACAGGAUGACAUUGAAUCACCAAAUCUCUCUAGUGACAAAAGAGUUUGACUGCUGCUUGUGAUAUUUUUGGACUAUAAAAAUGUCAUCUACCAAACAAUAAAAUAUAUCUUUAACACA